CCACAGAACCAGCCAAUCAACACCCGACACGUCAAGCAGACGGCUCUAUUGUCAUUCCACACUCUCCAUCCCAGUCCAAAAAUCGUACACGCGUCAGUAAAUCACUUGUCCAAUUUUUCCUCAAGUUCUCCAAAUUUAAAUAUACAAAAAAAUUAGACAAGGAGAAAUCAGUCUGUGUUCAGCUGCGGCUGCACCCCAUUGUACCAUGGCUGCACCUUCAUCUCCGUUUCACUGCAGCUCUGCCGCAGCAAUCACGCUCGCUCACUACUAUUUCCCGAACCGGCGUCGUUUUCACCUCUCUUCUUCUUUCACUUGCCACCGUAGUAGUUCCGGUCCGACGGAAAACAAACUUACUCCGACGUCGCAUGGAACAAACGUUAAGCAGAAACAAUCACGCCAGCCGAAAUUCUUAGUUAAAUUUCGAGAUAGCGAUUUCUCAAAUAGUGAAAAGGAGCCCGACUUAUCUAAAAAAAGCGUUGGUUUACCGGAAAGUCGAAGCUUUGAACGGAAAGCGCUAUGGAGAAAGAUUUUAUUCGCAUCGAAGAAAGUGAGGGGCAUUCUCUUGCUCAAUGUCAUCACAAUAAUUUACGCUAGCAAUAUUCCUAUAGUGAAAGAAGUGGAAGCAUUUAUUGAUCCUGAAGCAUUCACUAUUGUCAGAUUUGUUUUGUCUGCAAUCGCAUUUUCGCCAUUUGUUUUGAAAGCAAGAGAUGAUGUUCAAACUCGGAAUGCUGGGAUAGAAUUGGGAUUUUGGAUCAGCCUCGCCUACCUUAUGCAAGCACUUGGAUUGCAGACGUCCGAUGCAGGACGGGCAUCUUUCCUCACAAUGUUCACUGUGAUUGUGGUUCCUUUGCUUGCUGGUAUCCUAGGAUCGAAGAUCCCUGCACGUACUUGGUUUGGAGCCCUCGUGUCUAUAGUAGGAGUCGGAAUGCUAGAAUCCAGUGGCUCACCUCCUUGUGUUGGGGACUUGUUGAAUUUCUCAAGUGCCGUAUUUUUUGGGGUUCACAUGCUAAGAACAGAACAUAUUUCUAGAGCUACUACCAAAGAGAACCUCUUACCUCUCCUCGGAUAUGAGGUAUGUGUGGUUGCUUUUUUGUCAACGCUGUGGUAUGUCCUUGGAGUUUGUUCUGGUGGCACUCAAGCAUUAAAUCCAUCAUCCUGGACAUGGGCAAAAUUUGCGGAUUGGAUGGUAGCAUUCCCAUGGGUACCUGCAAUUUAUACUGGUAUUGUCUCCACAGGAUUAUGUCUAUGGGUAGAGAUUGCGGCCAUGCGAGAUGUUUCAGCCACAGAAACUGCAAUAAUCUAUGGGUUGGAGCCGCUCUGGGGUGCUGCAUUUGCAUGGUUUCUUCUUGGAGAGAGAUGGGGUGUCAAUGGAUGGAUUGGAGCUGCUCUUGUUCUAGGUGGAAGCUUAACAGUACAGAUACAAGGAGCAUCGUCUUCCACUACAUCGCAAAAAGAUGAAAGAAGCAUCGAGAAAAGCGGCGAUCCACCAGAUAAGGAAAACAUGUUGUCUACCCCUUCAGUUCUUGUCAAUUCUAGAAAUGAUUCACGUACCUUAUUAAAGAAGUGAGACUUGUAGCUUGAGCUUGUAUUUUCACACCUGACCCAGGAUACACAACAGUUUUGUUGCCGCAUGCGCAAGAGAAUGUUUUAGUAUAGCCGCACUAGAUGGAGAUAUGACCAUUCAACUAAUUAUGUAACAUAAAUAGACAAACACAGGCAUCAACAAAUUGGAAUAUUUAUAUUUUAGAUCUGAUCAACUGAUGUUCCUCUCUAUGUAGAUGAUGGCCAUGCUAUGAAAUGGCAUACUUGCCAUUGAAUUGAACAGUUUGGUUUUGAGCUUCA